ACAACAAAGACGUCGUCCCCAUGCUGGAGGCGAUCCAGAAGAUGGUCGACUUCUACAGGGACCUGGGGAUAGACAUGCUGAAGGACGGCAUCAGCGUCCCCGGUCUAACACUCAAGUAUCUCUUUAUGAACUUAGAGUCCGACUCGUACUUCACACUAGUAGAUAACGAGGAAGUGUACAAGUUGUUCAAGCAAAACAUUGUAGGAGGGCCGAGCAUCAUUUUCCACAGGUAUCAUCAGAAGGGUGAGACCUUUAUCCGGCAGAAAGAAAUGACGGAUAGUGGUAGACAACCGAAGCUCUGUCAAAAGGUGAUUGGCUUUGAUGCCAACGCCUUGUAUCUAUGGUCUCUGAUGGAAAAUAUGCCGACUGGGUAUUACAUUCGUCGGCAGGCAGAGACCGGGUUCGUGAAGGAAUAUUCUGCGCCUUCCCGUGGUCGUAUGGCCACAGAAUGGUUAGAUCGGGUAGGGCAUAGCCGUGGCACCGUCAUCAGGAACAAAUUUAACAAUACCGAAAAACGCAUUGGUCAUCGCCAAGUACCCGUGGACGGCUUCUGUUCCGCCACCGGAGACAUUUUUCAAUUCCACGGGUGUUUCUGGCACGGACACAACUGCUGUCUCACUCAGGGUCUCGAUACCAAUCCAAGACGGCAGAAGUCUAUGGCCGAAUUACGAGAAGAAACUAAAGAAAUGACCGAGUAUUUGAGGGGGGAGGGGUACAAUGUGAUUGAAAUGUGGGAGUGUGAGUGGCAAGACUUAAAGAGGACCAAGGAGGUGGCUGCCUUUUUGGCUCAGCGCAAGACGCCUACCGAAAACAGGUACAAAAUGUCCGAAACGGAAAUCCUCCAGGCCGUCCGCAAAGAUGACUUGUUCGGUGUAGUCGAGUGUGACAUCCAAGUCCCAGCACAUCUCAGAUCACAUUUUGCAGAAAUGCCUCCAAUCUUUAAGAACUGUGAUAUUUCCAUCGACGACGUCGGGCCCUUCAUGAAACAGUACGCCGAAACUCAUGGCGUCAUGUCCAAACCCAGACGUUCUCUCAUUGGCAGUAUGUUUGGUCAAAAGAUUCUGUUGGCCACACCUUUGCUGAAAUGGUAUAUGGAUCACGAUUUGGAAGUGACCCAUGUCUAUCAAGUGUUGGAAUACGUACCCAAAAAGUGUUUUGAACCUUUUGGCAAUAAAGUCAGUGAUGCUCGUCGUGCUGGCGACAAAGACGAUAGAAAGAAAAUCAUUGCCGACACCAUGAAGCUGAUCGGUAAUUCGGCUUAUGGCAAGACGGUCACUAACAAAGAGAAACAAUCUGACGUGUGUUACUGCGACAGUGCCGUCGGGGCAACGCAAAGGAUUAAUUCUCCUUGUUUCAAAAAGGUUUCCGAGGUUGUCGAUGGCUUCUACGAAAUCGAGACGGGCAAGCGCAAAAUCACAUUCGACUUGCCUAUUCAAAUUGGCUUCUAUGUCUACCAGUAUGCAAAAAUGCGUAUGUUGCAGUUUUAUUUCGACUUUAUGCUUGAGUUUGUAGACGUGUCUGACUUCCAAUAUUGCGAAAUGGAUACAGACUCGGCCUACAUUGCCAUCUCUGCGGACAGGCUGGAGGAUGUCAUCAAACCCCACAUGCGGGAGAGGUACGAAAACGAGAAACACCUCUGGUUCCCUCGCACGGAAGACCCCGAACACGCGGCUUACGACAAGCGUACCCCCGGUCUGUUCAAAGAAGAAUGGUCGGGGGAUGCGAUUGUCGGGCUGUGCUCAAAAACCUAUUAUUGUUUUGGUGGUGAGGACAAAAACGACAAAUUCAGUUGUAAAGGCGUAAGCAAAAGAGACAAUGACAUCACCCUCCAGAAGUACCUGCAAGUCUUGCAGACACAGAAAAGUGGCCAGGGUGUGAACCGGGGUUUCCGUGUUAAGGACAAUCAAAUGUUGACUUAUACCCAGACACGAGACGCGUUUUCCUAUUUCUACCCAAAACGCCAAGUUCAGGAUGACGGUGUCACAACCCUACCCUUAGAAAUAUAAUGUAUAUAUUCAAUACAUAUCUAUAUGUCUGUAAAUUGCUGUCAUGUCUACACAUGCAAGUAAAUGGUAUGUCGUAGAUGAAGCUACAACCAGUCAGUUGUUUUCUUGAUGAUCUACGAACACUGAACUGUAGAUGCAUAUUGCUUUGCAACAUGUUGCAAGAUGUCUAUUUGCCAAUGUACGUGUACAAAGUGUUUCGGUGUAAAAUAAA